AUUCCUCUAGAGUCAGUUGAGCAUUGGACGUCCUCGUUAGCGGUUGCCUCUAGUCUUCUGUGCGGACGAGUGAAGCCGCUCCGGAAACAGCUACCAUAUAACGUGGAUCAACAUUUUAAUUGAAAAAUUGCAAUUAUGCGUUAAACUGUGACAGUGAUUGAAAACCCAGAAGAAGUACAUAAAAUAAACCCAGCCAGCAUAACAAAUAAUUUUGAAUAAGUUUUAGAAGAUAUCCUAGUGAAAUCAAAAUUAGUCUGUAGAGGAUAAACCACCAGUUGAUACCACAAAUAUCGGCACGAUGAAGCGCAGCAGGCGGAGUCUUAAUUUAGGCUCCUCCACGGCGCGUCUGCUGCUCGCCGGAUUGCUGCUCUGCAGCUGCGCAGCGGCAGCGUUGGGCGUGCAACGGCCGCCCAUCAAUUCCGCCGGAGGACACGAGCUGCGUGGCACUACAUUUAUGCCGGCUCUCGAGUGCUACGAUCCCUAUGGCCGACCACAGAAAUGUUUGCCCGAGUUUAUCAAUGCUGCUUAUCAAUUGCAAAUCGAGUCGACCAACACUUGUGGUGAACAGGGAGACAAUCAUUUUUGUACUCAGACCAUGAACUCGAAUCUUAAGAACUGCGGCACCUGCAGUUAUGGAGAUCACAGUCCUGCAUUCUUGACGGAUCUGCACGAUCCACAGAAUCCAUCUUGGUGGCAAUCGGAAACAAUGUUUGAGGGCAUUCAACAUCCCAAUCAUGUCAAUCUGACGCUACAUUUGCGUAAAUCCUAUGACAUUACUUAUGUGCGUAUACUGUUCCGUUCGCCACGUCCGGAGUCCUUUACGAUUUACAAGCGUACCGCGGAGCAUGGUCCCUGGAUACCCUAUCAGUACUACAGCGCCACCUGUCGGGAUAUCUAUUCCCUGCCCGAUUCGCGUGCCAUACGCAAGGGGGAGGGAGAGGCACAUGCUCUCUGUACGAGUGAGUACAGUGACAUCUCCCCAUUGAUCGACGGUGAAAUCGCCUUCUCCACGCUGGAGGGUCGUCCCAGUGGCAUUAACUUUGAGCGCAGUCUGGAAUUGCAGGAUUGGGUGACGGCCACCGACAUUCGGAUCACUCUGGAUCGCCUGAAUACCUUUGGUGAUGAGCUGUUUGGGGACUCGCAGGUAUUGAAGUCGUACUUCUAUGCCAUCAGUGAUAUUGCGGUCGGUGCACGUUGCAAGUGCAAUGGACAUGCCAGCAAGUGUGUGGCAAGCACUGGGAUGCAUGGAGAGCGCACACUGGUCUGCGAGUGUCGCCACAACACCGACGGACCCGACUGCGAUCGCUGCUUGCCCCUCUACAACGAUGUCAAGUGGAAAAGGGCAACCUCCACCGAAGUCAACGAGUGCAAAGCUUGCAACUGCAACGGCUUUGCGGACAAGUGUUACUUCGAUGCGAAUCUCUUCAAUUUGACGGGACAUGGAGGUCACUGCCUGGACUGCAGGGAUAAUCGCGAUGGCGCCAAUUGUGAGCGCUGCAAGGAGAACUUCUACAUGCGUGACAGCGCCUUUUGUGUCAACUGUGGCUGCGAUCCCGUUGGCUCCCGUUCGCUGCAGUGCAACAGCCAGGGCAAGUGUCAGUGCAAACCGGGUGUAACCGGCGACAAGUGCGACCGUUGUGCCAACAACUAUUUCCAGUUUGGACCCCAUGGUUGUCAGCCUUGUGGCUGUGAUGCCAAUGGUUCGCAGGACAAUACGCCAGCCUGUGAUGCCGACAGUGGCAUCUGUUUCUGCAAGGAGAAUGUCGAGGGAAGACGCUGCAAUGAAUGCAAACCGGGCUUCUUCAAUCUGGACAGAAGCAAUCGCUUUGGCUGCACACCCUGUUUCUGUUAUGGCCACACCUCGGAGUGUCAGACGGCACCGGGUUACUCCGUUGUCUCGGUCACCUCGAACUUUAACAAGCACAAGGAACGCUGGACGGCCAUUGAUCCGAAUCGUCGGGAUGUGGACAUCAAAUACAAUCAAUAUGCUCGCAGUAUUGGCACCACAGCUCAGGGUAAUGAGUAUGUCUACUUCCAGGCGCCAGAUCGCUUUCUGGGCGAUCAACGUGCCUCCUACAAUCGCGAUCUGAGCUUCAAGCUGCAACUGGUGGGUCAAGUGGGUCCCAGCACCAGUGCGAGUGAUGUGAUCCUCGAGGGCGCGGGCAGCAAGAUCUCGUUGCCGAUCUUCGCCCAGGGCAACAGCAUACCCGACCAGGGUGUGAGGGAGUACAAGUUCCGACUGCACGAGCAUCACGACUAUCAAUGGCAACCGAGUCAGUCGGCCAGAGGAUUCCUCUCCAUUCUGUCCAAUCUGACGGCGAUUAAAAUCCGUGCCACGUACUCGGUACAGGGUGAGGCGAAUCUGGAUGAUGUGGAACUGCAGACGGCACAUCGCGGAGCUGCCGGACAGCCGGCCACGUGGAUUGAGCAGUGUACCUGCCCGGAGGGCUAUCUGGGACAAUUCUGUGAGUCGUGUGCUCCACGCUACCGUCACAGUCCGGCUCGGGGUGGACCCUUUAUGCGGUGCAUACCCUGCGAUUGUCACGGCCAUGCGGACAUCUGUGACUCGGAGACGGGCAGCUGCAUCUGUCAGCACAACACGCAGGGCGACAACUGUGAUCAGUGUGCCAAGGGCUACUAUGGAAAUGCGCUGGGAGGCACUCCUUAUGACUGCAAGCGUUGUCCCUGUCCCAAUGAUGGCGCCUGUCUGCAAAUCAAUGGCGACACUGUCAUCUGUACGGAGUGUCCGGUGGGUUACUUUGGCUCCCGCUGUGAGCAGUGUAGCGAUGGCUUCUAUGGCGAUCCGACGGGUCUGCUGGGCGAGGUGGCCAACUGCAAGAGCUGCGACUGCAACGGCAAUGUGGAUCCCAAUGCGGUGGGCAACUGCAAUCGCACCACCGGCGAGUGCUUGAAGUGCAUACACAAUACGGCUGGCGCGCAAUGUAAUCAGUGUCUGCCCGGACACUUUGGAGAUGCAUUUGCCUCGCCGCAUGGCAAAUGCGAUCGUUGUAAUUGCUAUGCCGCUGGCACCGAACAGGACGAGCAGAGCAUCUCCCGUUGUGAUCCGUUCACGGGUCAGUGCCAGUGCAAGCCCAAUGUCAUCGGGCAGGAUUGUGGCGAGUGUCAGCCGGGUUACUUCAACAUACGUUCCGGCAACGGUUGCGAGAACUGUCUGUGUGAUCCCGUUGGCAGUUACAACUCCACCUGCGAUCGAUUCUCCGGCCAGUGUCACUGUAAGCCGGGUGUGGUCGGUUUACGUUGCGAUCAGUGCGCCGACUUCUACUUCGGCUUCUCCGUGGACGGCUGCAAGUCGUGUGAGUGCGAUGAGAGCGGCUCCAAGGGAUUCCAGUGCGAUCAGAGUGGUCAGUGUCCCUGCAACGAUAAUGUCGAGGGUCGUCGCUGCGAUCGCUGCAAGGAGAACAAAUACGAUCGUCAUCGUGGCUGUGUCGACUGUCCCGAUUGCUAUAAUCUUGUCCAGGAUGCAGCCAAUAUGCAUCGCGCCAGAUUGGCCAAUUUGACAGCCACUCUCGACGAGAUCGCACGCACUCCCGUCACCAACGAUGACGAAUUCGAGGGCAAGCUGAAGGCGGUGCAGGAAAAGGUGGCCAUAUUGGCACAGGAUGCACGUUCCGGUUCGGGCGAUGGCGGUCAGACCUAUGUGGAGGUCAUCGACGAUCUGCACAAGCGGCUGGAGAGCAUGCGAGCUCAUCUGGCGAGCGCCGAUGAGCUGCAGCAGAAUGCAAAUACCGAGAUCGACAAGGCGCGCUCCAACUACACGGAACUCCAUAGGAUCAUCGAGGAAGUCAAGAAGGAGCUGCUGCAGGCCUUGGAACUGCUCAACGAUGAGGGCGCCCAAGCCUUGGCCAAGGCCAAGAACAAAUCCGUCGAGUUUGGCGAACAAUCCGAACAGAUCUCCGAUAUAUCCCGAGAUGCACGCGCCAUUGCCGAUCGCCUCGAGUCGGAGGCGGAGUUCGAUCUGAAGAAUGCCAAGGACGCCAAGGAUGCUGUGGAGAAGGCUCAUCUGCUGGCCAAGAAUGCCAUCGAUCUGCAGCAAAAGGUGGGCGUCGAACUGCGCUCCGAAGUGCGCCUGGAGCUCAAUCAGGUGAAGCAAUCCCUCGGCACCGUUGCCCAGACCUCCAAGGAAGCCCUGCGUAAGGCCAACGAGGUCUACGAUGCGGCCCUGACACUCCUCAACGAUGUGAACCGACAAACCCAGCCGGACAUCGACAUCACCAAGCUCAAGAAGGAAGCGGUGGCUGCCAACGAACGUGCCGAUCAACUCCUCAAGCAGUUCAACGAUUUGUCCGACAACAAAGGCAACGUAUUCUCGGACUUUGCCACGGAAAGCGAUCUGGCCAAGGUUCUGCUCGAACGUGCUGAUACCCAAAAGAAGGAUGACAUUGAGCUAUUGGAGCGCGCCAAGGCGGCACAUGAACGUGCCACAAAGGCCGUGGAGCAGGGCGACAACACUUUGAAGGAGGCCAACAACACUUACAACACUUUAGCCGGCUUCCAGUCGGAUGUGCAGAAGUCCUCGCAGAUGGCUGAAUUGGCUUUGGAAACGGUGCCCAAAAUUGAGCAGGAAAUUGAUCAUGCGGGCAAUUUAAUAAGCCAGGCUGUCGAAGCCUUGGAGGGGGCCAAUAAGAAUGCCAACGAGGCCAAGAACAAUGCACAGGAGGCACAGGAGAAGUACGCCGAAAAGGCCUCAAAGGAUGCCGAAUUGAUUCGUCGCAAGGCAAAUGAAACCAAGGUUGCAGCACGUAAGCUGCGUGAUGAGGCGGAUCAGUUGAAUUCUCGUGUCAAAUUGACUGAGAUGAACAUCUUUCAACUGGAGGAUAAUUCAACCAAAGAUGAUAAUCUGGUGGAUGAUGCCAAGCGUAAGGUGGGUCAGGCCAAUGCGGAUACACAGGAGGCACAAAAGCAGAUUGAAAAGGCCAAUGCCGAGCUGUCGGCCAUUAAGGAUGAGUUGGAGAACCUCAGGGAUAUCAAUACAGCAGAUUUGGAUAAAUUGGAAAAUCGUUUGAGUAUCGUGGAAACCGACAUUAAUACUGCGAAUUUAACGGGACGCAUUGAAAAGUAUCGAGAACAGCGCAAUAUACAAAAGAAAUUAAUCGAUAAGUACGAUAUGGAGCUGAAGGAUCUGAAGAAUGAGGUGGAGAAUAUACGUUUAAUAUCUGAAGCACUGCCGGCUGGUUGUUUUAGACGCAAUCGUCUGGAGCCAUAGACCUAAACAAUUAAAUGCACUACCAACUACCAACUACUUCAAUUAACAUCUAAGUACCAGGCGAAGACGAACAAAUCGAAUUCGGAAUCCGAAACCGAAACCAAUUUAACCCUUAGCCUUUGAAUGAAAUUAUAGAAUUUUAGUCUUAUAGCUGAAAUAAUUUGUUUAGUGAAAAGUAACAAACGACAAACGAGAAACCAGAUAAACAAAAAA